AUGGCGACACUGCUCCACCACUUCUGCAGCAGCUCCACCUUCUCCAAUGGCUGCGUGAAGAACCCGCUCCAAUUCCAAAUUCGACCUGUCUCCUUCCGUUUUAUAUUUCCUCCUCACCCUCGACGCAUUUCUCUCUCCCCACAGUAAUCUUUCUCUCCCUCUAUCCGACUUGUGAGCUAACAGUACUGUGCUCUACUGCUUCAACCGUCAAUCUCUUACCUGUAGAAGGCUGCUGGUUUCAUUUUCUAUGGAUUCUCACGGGGCUGGUUAUCCAAAGGAGGCACCUUUUGGUGUGGACAUGGCAAUGGAAGAAGAAUAUGCUGCUCAGUCGAAAUUGCUUCAGGACUUCGUUAGCAUAUGCAAUAUCGAACGGGCUUGGACUUUCAAAUCUGAAAAUGGAAAAGGAUCGAUGGGAAUGUUUUCAGUCAGCCAACCGAAUCUUCUUGCAAACAAGAGGAAGAAAUUUAUCAUAUCUGCUCAUAUUUCGAAAGAGCGUACUGAAGCCCCAACGUUUCAGUGGUCCCCUUUUCCUGUGGAGAUGACAGGUGUAUCCACAAUUGUUCCUUCUCCCUCGGGUUCAAAGCUCCUCGUGGUUCGAAACGCCGAUAAUGAAUGUCCCACGCAAUUUGAGAUCUGGAGUCACUGCCAGCUUGAAAAUGAGUUCCAAAUCGCCCAGUCUGUUCAUGGUUCUGUCUACACUGAUGGAUGGUUUGAGGGUAUAUCUUGGAACUCAGAAGAGAAUCUUAUUGCCUAUGUUGCUGAAGUGCCUGCUCCCCCAAAGCCCACCUUCAAUAGUAAUGGGUAUAAGAAAGGUGGCUCAAAUGAAAAGGACUGCAGCAGCUGGAAAGGUCAGGGGGAGUUUGAAGAGGAAUGGGGUGAAACCUACGCGGGAAAAAGACAACCUGGGAUCUUUGUCAUUAACCUCGAAAGUGGCGAAGUGCGAACUCUUGGAGGGAUUUCGAAGUCUUUAAGUGUUGGCCAAGUUGUGUGGGCCCCAGAAAUAGAAGGAAUUCAUCAAUAUUUGGUUUUUGUUGGGUGGUCAGCCGAUAAAAGAAAACUUGGUAUAAAGUACUGCUACAAUAGGCCUUGUGCAUUAUACUCAGGCAGGUCCCCUUUCCAUUGUGAAGCUAAUGAAGUUGAAUCUAAAAACAACGUGGCCGAAGAUUUUCCUUUGUGUAACCUGACUCCAAGCAUAAGCAGUGCCUGCCAUCCACGGUUUAGUCCCGACGGAAAGUAUCUUCUGUUCUUAUCUUGUAAGAGCUCAGUGGAUUCUGGGGCUCACUCGGCGACAAAUUCACUUCAUAGAAUACAUUGGCUCAUUGAUGGAAAGUUGAAUUCUUCAGAGACACUUUACGAUGUGAUUCCCAUUAUCAUGAAUUCAGAAGAAGGAUCCUUUCCCGGUCUAUACUGCUUAAGCCUUCUUAAGAAUCCAUGGCUUUCUGAUGGUCGCACAAUGGUGUUGACUUCCAUAUGGGGCAGUAUUGAAGUGAUACUCACAGUCGAUGUGUUGAGUGGGAAUGUAUCACGUGUGAGCCCAGUUAAGUCAAACUCUUCAUGGAGUAUUCUUGCGUUGGACAGGGACAAUAUCCUUGCUGUGACUAGCAGUCCAGUAGAUGUUCCCCAGAUCAAUUACGGUCUUCUUAUUGAGAAUUCUAUAGGAGGUGAUUCCUGGAGAUGGUGGGAUAUUUCCAGCCCUAUCUUCAAAUGCUCCGAGAAGGUGAAAAAGUCCCUCUCAACUCUUCAAUUCAAUAUCAUGAAAAUUCCAGUGAAGGAUGUUUCUGACUGUAGAACCAAAGGUGCUACCAAACCAUAUGAAGCUAUUUUCGUGUCUUCAGAAGCAACUAAUCCCUUGAUAGUAAUCCUUCAUGGAGGCCCACAUUCUGUCUCAUUAGCAAGCUUUACAAAGUCAUCGGCGUUCCUCUCUUCCCUAGGGUUCAACUUGCUAAUUGUGAACUACAGAGGUUCGUUAGGCUUUGGUGAGGAAGCAUUGCAAUCUCUUCUUGGCAGAAUUGGUUCACAGGAUGUGAAUGAUGUAAUCGCUGCCAUAGAUCAUCUGAUUCACUCCGGACUGACAAACCCAUCUAAGAUAGCUGUUCUCGGUGGUUCCCAUGGUGGAUUCUUAACCACCCAUUUGAUUGGCCAGGCCCCUGAUCGAUUUGCUGCUGCUGCUGCACGAAAUCCUGUCUGUAACCUUGCACUGAUGACUGGUACCACCGAUAUCCCUGAUUGGUGCUAUGUGGAAUCCUGUGGACCCUCUUGGAAGGAAAACUAUACGGAAGCUCCUUCUGCGGAGCACCUGUCUCUCUUCCACAGCAAGUCUCCCAUUUCACACAUCUCCAAGGUGAAAACACCGACUCUUUUCCUACUAGGAGCUCAGGAUCUGCGUGUUCCAGUGUCCAAUGGACUACAAUAUGCUCGGGCAUUGAAGGAAAGGGGCGUUGAUUGCAAGAUCAUUGUGUUCCCGAGCGACGUUCACAGCAUCGACAAACCACAAUCUGAUUUCGAGAGCUUUCUCAACAUAGGAGUGUGGUUCAAGAAAUACUGUACAUGAAAAGCCGCAGUAAACGGUUUAAGUUCGAGCUCCCGAGGGUUUAAAGAUCUUAGGAUAUGCUUCUCUUGUUUGUUCCUUGCAGUUGGGUCUGCGAUUAUUUCAUGUAAAUUUAUAUUUGAUCAAUGAAGUUGAAUGAUUCAACUAUAAAAAAGUUCCAAAAAUUGGUCAGGCUUCAUAUGUCGUGACAUUUUCCUUU